CAGGGAGCGCCCACAGGAAGAAGAUGAACUCGCGAAGAAGACGAAGAGCGCCAUGCCGCAGCAGGCCGAGCAAUAACAAUGGCUGCGCCUGCGCUCAAGCACAGAAUUCCUCCAUUGCGCUUCCUGGGUUUGCUCUCGUCCCUUCCCUUGAGUCCCAGACUCGUCCGCUUCGCUUCGCCGGAGCUCGCCCGGAGCAGCCCCUCCUCCUCCUGUCGCCUCCGUCUUCCUCGGCUCAAGAGCCCGAGGAUCCCCGCUCGCCGUCGCGGUCCCGGCUCCUGCUCCGCGAGAGGCGGCAUGGGUCUCCCCAAAUGCUUCUCCGGGUCGGCCGCCGACCCCGUUCCGGGCGACCCGGGGGCCUGGCCCGACCCGCCGGCCCUCGUGGUGGUCUCGUUCUACAAGUUCGCGGAUUUCCCCGAUCACGCCGAGCUGCGGCGGCCUUUGAAGGAUCUCUGCGAGCAACUGGUGGUAUUAUCCUUGCACCAGAGGGGAUCAAUGGGAGCAUAUGCGGAACCCGCGAAUCAGUGGAAAGAGUUCUUGGAUUCAUCCAGAGCGAUGAACGUUUAAAUGGGCUUAGACAAAUAGAAUCUCCCGUGAGUCCCGAAGAUGAAGCUCUCCACCAUGGACAUAGUAGCAGCUCUCCUCUUGCAGCUGGGGAAGAUGCCCCCUUCCGUUGGGAUCACGUGAGAGUCAAAUUAAAAAGAGAGAUUGUUUCUCUUGGAAUGCCUAGUGUCUCACCUAUCGAGAGGGUUGGGAAGUAUGUAAAUCCAAGGGAUUGGAACGCGCUGAUUAGUGAUCCAGAUACAGUAGUGAUCGAUGUGCGGAAUAACUAUGAGACGAGAAUUGGGAAGUUCAAAGGAGCAGUUGACCCACGCACCACUGCUUUCCGAGAGUUUCCAGCUUGGGUGGAUAAUCAGUUCCAACCUCCUGAAAUGGAUGGGGAGCAUUUGAAAUUGGCUGAAGAACAUGGUUCUAAUGCAAAUACUGAUCAACAAUCAGAUGUUCCAGAAGAAAAAAUGCCUCGGGUGGCAAUGUAUUGCACAGGAGGAAUUCGAUGUGAGAAAGCUUCAAGUUUCCUCCUGAGUAAGGGUUUCAAAGAGGUCUAUCAUCUGAAAGGUGGAAUACUGAAAUAUCUUGAGGAGGUUCCAAAGACCGAGAGCCUCUGGGAAGGCGAGUGUUUUGUGUUUGACAAGAGAGUUUCGGUUGAACAUGGUUUGGCGCAGGGAACUUUCAAUCUUUGCUACGGGUGCAAAAAACCAGUGAGUGAUGCUGAUAUGGAAUCACCAGAGUGGGAGUAUGGUGUUUCUUGUCCGUACUGUUGCUCUUCCAAAUCGGAAGAAGAGAAGGAAAGGGCGAGAGCUCGGCAAAGGCAAUUCGAGACGUGGGGCGUCAUAGGAGGUCCUCACAAGGGUCGACGGCCAAUCACAAACUCAGAUAACAAUAACAGCACCAUUAACAGACAUUCAAGUUCAGUUUAGCUUUCUGAGAGGGUUUGAGAAUCUGGGACUGAAAUCGAAAGGGAACUUUCGAAAGAAGCUUUUUUGGGCGAGAACAUUCCAACAGCAGUAGUUUUUUGGGGCUUCUUAUUUUCGCGAAGCUGGAAACUACAGUGAGAGCUCAAUGGAGAGAGUAAUCUUUUCACAGGGCAUCUCCGGUUUGGACAAUGGUUGCCAACUGACGUUGGACAUGUUAUUUUUGAUUGAUGACUGACAUCUUGAUUGUAUUAGGAGAGUCAUAUACAUUUUCUGGUCUGGGACAGAUGUAGUAGCUAAUCAAAGUGAUGUAAGCAUUAUAUGUAUCU